AUGGCAAUAAAUCAAGAAAAUGUACUACAAUUUAAAUUAAUUUUAGUCGGUGAUGGUGGUGUUGGUAAAACAACAUUUGUUAAACGACAUUUAGCAGGUGAACUUGAAAAAAAGUAUGAAGCUGCUAUUGGUGCGAAUGUACAUCCUUUAAAUUUUUACACAUCUAUGGGUGAAAUCAUUUUUAAUGUUUGGGAUACAGUAGGCCAAGAAAAUAUUGACGGCUUACCUGAUGAUUAUUACACUGGUGCACAAUGUGCUAUUAUAAUGUUUGAUGUAACAUCAUCUAUAACUUAUAAAAAUAUUGCCAAUUGGUAUAAUAAUUUAAUGCGUGUUUGUGAAAAUAUUCCAAUUGUUUUAUGUGGAAAUAAAGUCGAUGUCAACGAUGGAAAAUUACAAGCUGAAUCCAUAAUAUUUCAUAGAAAACAUAAUAUGAACUAUUAUAAUAUUAGCGCUCUAUCAAAUUAUAAUUUUGAAAAACCAUUUCUUUGGAUAGCACAAAAAUUAACUGGAAUUAGAGAACUUCAAAUUGUUAAUCCAAUUAAUUUAUCACCACCUGAAAUCGAUAUCAACGAGGAAAUAGUUCAAAAAUAUGAACAAGAGAUAUACAAUGCAGCAUCUCAGCCAUUACCUGAUACUGAUGAUCACGAUUUGUAAACAAAAUAUAUUUACACGCAUAAAAAAAUCAAGAAUUAUUCAAUAAUAAAAAAAAAAUUAUUCUGUUUUUUUUUCUUCAAAUAUUUUUUUUUUUCAUCUAAAAAUUUCUUAUAACAUUGAUCUAUUAUUUUUGAGUGCAAGAUAAGUUUUGUUCAUUUCUUUUUCCUAUGUCUGACUCAUAAGACGAUAGAAAAAAUAUUGCACGAUUACUUGUUUUUUUCAUUGCUUGUGAAAAAAUAACCUCAAUAAAUUAUAUGUAGAAUUAGUCAUCGAAAACACAAACGAUAAGAAUGUGUGACUCAAGUUUUUGAUAAAUUUCAUACUUGGUAAAUGAAAAUUCUAGUUGUUCGUUGAGUUAAUAAGUUUAAACUAUAAUACUGAUGUUCAUCUGCAGAUCAUGCCACAGUUACACGAACCAGCAUGUUCACUUCUUCAAUCAAUCAACAAUAUCAAAUAUUAUGCAGUUGUUUUCUUGCUUAGAAAUAAGACAAGCAAUAAAUAAUCAACCAUUUUCUAGCUAUUAUUCAAGUUGACAUUUAUAAAUAACGAGUUUCAUAAUGUCUUGUGAAAAAUGAAAAAUCAAGAGCGA